AUGCUGGCGAUCGCCAUGCUACGGGACGAAGAGCACCCGCAGAUCGAUGAGGCACAUCUGAUAGCAAGCGAGCAGAGAACGAAGUUCUACAAGGUCGGAUAUCUAGAUGCGCCAGAUAAGCCCGACCCGAAUGAAACAAAAAUUGCCCAAAACACGAUCAGAGUUUUGCUAGAAUCUGUGUUUGGGUCUGGGCAAAAGCUGCAAAGAGUCGCUAGCGAGUGUGAAAAAUGUGCUCAGCUGCGAUAUGAGGAACUAAAGGAAGAGUAUAUUAGUUGGGCAACUGCACGAGAUCUGAGCAGCGCAGAUUCUGCGAUUCGCUUGCAGGACGCUGGGACGUUUUUGCAAUCGCUGUACGACAUCGAGCGGGAUGCCGUCGUGAGGCAGCUACUCGAAAAGAUCACUCUAAUUCGAAAG